AUGAGCUUCAUUCUGUAUUUCGAAGUGCUUCAGAAGGAGGAACUAGCUCCAGUGACGUCACAUCUUGAGUAAAUUGUGAGUGUUCAAUAUGUCUGACUCAGAGUUUGAAUCCACAUUCGGUGGGAGUUCCACCUCCAUCAUCGCUAACCCUCGUAAACAUACGAAGAAGAGGAAGACUGCGCCAACUUCAUCAAGAUCAGACUCUGAGUGUGAAACUGUGCAGCCAGCAGCGCUGAAAAAGAAACCUGUAGCUUCUAGACCUCGAGCUCCAACGAAGAGUUCUACGGAUCUGUUCGGGCUACUAUCCGACGAAGACGAAAGUGUCGCCAUCGAAAACUCUCAACGACUAAAAGUCGGUCGUCAGCAGCUGGACAGCAGCCUGACCUCGAAGGUGGCCAACGGUGUCGUGCGGCGAACGGUUCCGCUCGAGGGCGCUUAUUACGUGGAGGUGCGUGUUUACAACACCAGGGACGCGCUCAAGACGCCGCCCGCGGAUCGCUACAAGAAGACGCUGCACACGCUGAAGGUUCAGCUUAACACCGAAACAUCGCAGUGGCGGGAUCUUCAAAAAUUUAUGAAGACCACGAAGAAAUUGUUUGAAGACCGCGAGCCAAUAUUUUAUAAUAAUAAAAUAAACUUUAAAUCUUAGUUUUAAGUUAGUUAGUUCUAUUCUGAGAAUGAUUUAAAAUAAAUAGCAUCUAAUAUAUUUUUUGUUGCAUUUUCCUAUAGGCUUUUAAGUUUAGUCAUAUAUGAACAUCUAGAGUUAGACUCUCGUUAAUUUUCUGUUAAAUCUUAAACCUAAAUCUUCUUUUAGAAUUUAUAAGCCAUAGUUUGUUGUAUAAUUCAUAAAUUGUGUAAUUCCCGUUAACUGUACUACGUUAUUGUUUACUAGUAAAAUACCUAAAGACGUUAUUUCAGCUUAAAGUGUAUUGAUAACAUGCCUUUUUGUACUGCUUGUGGUACCCGCGUGGAAAAUACGCAUUGGAUAGGUCACUUGAGGAGUAAUGCGCACAAAAACAAAUGUGCGGUUCCGGUAGAAGACGGAGUACUUAAGGUAACCUCUGCAUUUAAAGGUCGUAUUGCAUCAUUUAGAAUUCCAGCAAAUGUGGAACACGAGUCAACUUUACCGGAUAUAUUUUUAAACAGUAAACGUGGAAAAUUAUGUAGUCUUAUCGAAAAGUCGUUAAAAAAAUACGUAAGUUUAAAGAUAAAUAUUGAGUAUUUUGCUAAUUUCAUUUUACUAAAAAAUGAUUCCCAAGACGUUAAAUCUUUUGCCACUAAGAAUAUAACAAUACAUCGUAACUUUAACUGGAACCAAAUAUUUGACUCUGUUGUUAAUAACUUGUGUAAAAAAGUUGAAGAAUUUCAGGACCGUGACAGUGGGUGGGCCUUUCUAAAUAACAUUUAUGUAGAGAUUAAUAUCAAUAAAUUCGAUCCUUUAAGUGGUUCAGGUUCUAGUUAUAUGGAUUUGCCAUUAUAUUUAAAAAAGAAAAAAGCAUGCAUCAAUAUCCAAAACAAAGAUAGCUUUUGUUUUUUAUGGAGCGUUGUCGCAGCCCUUUAUCCUGCAAAACGCAACGGAGAUCGUCCAUCGUCCUAUCCUAAUUUUCAAGACGUAUUGAAUAUUGAUGGUCUAAACUUCCCUGUUACUUUCACAGAUAUAAGAACAUUUGAAAAAAAUAAUCAAAAUAUAUCCAUAAAUGUAUAUUCCUUAAAAAGUAAUCGCAUUGUGGGUCCAAUUUACAGAUCUGAGUUUAAAAGAAAAACAAGGAUCAAUUUAUUAUUACUUGAAAAGGGAAACAAAUCGCACUAUGUUUUAAUAAAAAAUUUGUCACGUCUUGUUCGUACUCAAAUAACAAAGCAUCAUGGCACGAUAUACUUUUGUGAUGAUUGUAUGCUGUUUUUUUCGUCUGAAGAGAAACUUAAUAGUCACACUUGUUGCGGUGUGACUACCGUGCUUCCGGAACAUGGUAGUUGUCUUCAUUUUAAAAAUUUUAAUCGGAAACAGGAUGUUCCUUUUGUGGUGUACGCCGACUUUGAAACUCUACUUAAACCAAUAACGACUUGUGAGCCUGAUCCAAAUUGUAGUUUUACGUUAAAUCGUACACAACACAUUCCAGCAGCUUUUGCUUAUCGCAUUGUUUGCUCAUUUGAUAGCAAACAUAAUCGAUUCAUUUCGUACCGCGGUCGCGACUGUGUUCAAAAAUUUCUCAAAUGUCUGUAUAGAGACGUAGAAAAAAUUUAUGAAAUUUUAAACGUUGAAGUGCCAAUGGUGUUUAACGAAAGUGAUGCCAAAAUGCAUGCCAAAGCUGACGUGUGUCAUAUUUGCAAUAGUCUCCUGCUAUUUGACAAAGUAAGAGACCAUUGUCACUUGACAGGCUGCUACCGAGGUGCUGCUCACCAGUACUGCAAUUUACAGUACAGUCUCCCAAAACUAGUUCCUAUUUUUUUUCAUAAUUUAGCAGGCUAUGAUUGUCAUUUAUUCAUUAAGGAAUUGGCUGAUAGUUUGGGUCCUAUUAAAGUAAUACCUAAGAAUAAAGAAAACUAUAUUUCAUUCACAAAAUUUUUAAAAAUGUCUGAUGGGAAAUUUGCUCAAUUAAGAUUUGUAGACUCGUUUAAAUUUCUAGGCACAAGCUUAGAAAAAUUAGCAAACGGUUUAGACAAAGCAGAUUUCAUUCACUUAAAACAAUGUUUUGCUAAAGAAAACGAAUUUAAAUUAAUGACUCGCAAAGGUAUUUAUCCCUACGACCACAUGAAAUCUUGGAGAUCGUUCUCUGAGAGACAACUUCCUCCCAAAGAAAGCUUCUAUAAUACUUUAACUGACGAAGGUAUCAGCGAUGAAGAUUACAUGCAUGCACAAGUGAUUUGGGAUACUUUUAACAUAAGCAAUAUGGGAGAAUAUACAGAUCUUUAUCUCAAAACCGACGUCUAUUUACUAACAGACGUCUUUGAAAAUUUUAGAGCGGUUUGUAAAAAGCAAUAUCACUUAGAUCCUGCUUUUUACUUAACAGCUCCGAGCUUAUCAUUUGACGCAAUGUUGCUGAAAACAGGAGUAGAGUUAGAGUUAUUGUCUGACUUAGAAAUUAUACGUCUCAUACAGAAAGGAAUACGGGGUGGAAUUUGUUUAUGUUCUACUAGACAUGCUCAGGCGAAUAAUAUUUACAUGGAUAAUUAUGAUGAAACUAAAACGGAUUCAUUUCUCAUAUAUAUCGACUGUAAUAAUCUUUAUGGUUAUAGUAUGUGCCAGUCUUUGCCAGUAUCCCAUUUCAGAUUUUUGAAACAGCACGAAAUUGAUCAAUUACAAAUUAUGAACGUGCGCGACGAUGCGGAUUUUGGGUUUAUUCUUGAAGUUGAUUUAUUAUAUCCGGAAGAAUUGCAUUGUAUUCACAACGAUUAUCCAUUUUGCGCGGAGAAAUUCAUACCUCCGGGAGGUAAAACUUCUAAAUUAGUACCAAACUUAUAUUCAAAAUACCAAUAUGUGAUUCACUACGUUCAUUUAAAGACUUGUUUAAACCAUGGUCUAAUUUUACAAAAAAUUCAUCGAGUUGUGACUUUUAAACAAAGCAAAUUUUUAGCGCAAUAUAUAAAUCUUAACACAGAACUGAGAAAGAAAGCAGUAACACCAUUCCAACAAGAUUUAUUCAAACUUAUGAAUAAUUCUGUUUUUGGGAAAACAUUAGAAGACACUGAACGUAGAGUAGACAUCAAAUUAGUGAAUCAGUGGCAGGACGAUACCAAUCGAACAAACCGGUCUCUCUCUGCUGCAAAGUUAAUUUCUCGACCAAACUUCCAUAGCGCCACCAUUUUCUCCGAAAACUUAGUGGCUAUUCAAAUGAAACCGGAAAGAAUUAUAUUAGAUAAACCAAUUUACAUUGGCUUUGCCGUUUUAGAACUUUCUAAAAGUCACAUGUACCAGUUUCAUUACUCUGUAAUAAAGCCUCACUACGGAGAUAGAGUACGACUAUGCUAUACAGACACCGAUAGCUUUAUCUACCAAAUAGAAACAAAUGAUUUUUACGUAGAUAUAAAGCAACAUUUCUUACAAUAUUUCGAUACCAGUAAUUACGCUCUGAAAAAUCAGUAUGACCUUCCGAUUCGAAACAAAAAAGUACCUGGUCUAUUCAAAGACGAACUUGGCGGAUGUAUAAUGACUGAAUUUGUAGGGUUGAGAUCAAAGUUGUAUUGCAUUAAAACUGAUUCUAAUGUCAUUAAAAAGGCAAAAGGAAUAAGAAAAAAUGUUAUUAAGCACUUGGAGGCAUCUGAUUAUAGUAACGCAUUACUAAACGAUAAAAUAGUGCGUAGGAAAAAUAUUCUCUUUAAAUGUAUUAAGCAUAAUAUUUUUACACAGACUGUUAAUAAGAUUGCUUUGUCAAAUGCGGAUGACAAACGUUUUAUAUUGCAAGACAAAAUAUCCACAAUGGCAUGGGGGCAUAGCUCUUUGUUGUAAUAAAUAACUUUAAGCUGAAAUAAAUAUUAAAUAUAAAUAAUUUUUAUGUAAAAUAGGUACGUUAGUUUUAGACUUUAUUGUUAAAUUUAAUAUUAUAUUGCAUUUUCUGUUAGCAUUACUUUUUACUUACUUAUAAAAAUAAAUCAUUUUCAGAAUAUUUUUUUUUGGUUUUCUUACAAAAUUCCUUACCUGCUAAAUUAAAUUGAUAUUUUGUUUUUUUAUUUAUAAAAUUCAAGCAAAAGAAACAUUCGACAAUACUGAUUGUCAUGUUUAUGUACACGUGCUGAGUAUUAUGUAGGUCGUCAGUGACGACGAUAUUAAUUAUAAACUCAGCAAAAUGUGAUUGAUUCCUCAACUCGGUUAUUUUCUUACCAUUCACACUUUGUCUCUGACGAACGUUGUACUACAGUGCGAUUGCUUCUAUUCUUAUAAUGGCUCAAUCUCCUGACAUCAUGUUAUCCCAGUACGCUCAAGAUCCGCUGGAGGGAUUUACGCAAGAAUUUCCGGAGCUGUGUUCCAGACUCCACGCGCACGCUGUUCAAAGACAAGUGAAAAAGCCUAAGAAUAAAAAAGGUGUUUCAAAAAGAAGACUAGGACCGACGAAAUCCUAUGUGAUAACGAAAAAUCAGAAAGGAAAGAGGCUCAUCAAAAUAGAAGUUAUUGAUAUUGUGAGUGAUAUGGGAUCGGCUUCAUCCUCAGAAAUCACCGACCAAGAGGAUAAUGUGCUGAUCAGCGCACAAUACGUGGUCCAGGAUUCAUACGACGAAAUCAUGGACCUCACUGACAAUCUUGUUCAAAAAAUAUCGAAAAAACUUUGUGGUGAUAACUUUUAGUGUUUUUUAAGUGUAUAGUUUUAAUGUAAGUAUUAAGUUUUUAUUAAAGUGUAACGCAAACUUGUAAAUUAAUAUGUAAUUAUAAGAAUAGAAGCAAUCACACUGUAGUACAUUAACCGAAAAUUAUCAGUCUUUUUGUACUUAUUAUAUUAACUUAAUCAGGCAAUAAUUUUAUUUUCUUUCUUUUUUUCUUUUGGUGACGAUAAAAUUAAGAUUUCAUGUGUUUUUAUUACAAGUGUUUUUGAAAAUAUAGUCUUACAGUAACAA